CACCCACCAGCUCAGACACCAGCAGCAGCGCCGCCGCCGCCGCCGCCCACCUUCUGCCACCGACACCACAGCCACUCUCUCCUCUGCUUCCCUCUACUGUCCUCGCCCUCUGUCGACUAACAGGUGGGCUUUGAACCAGGAUGGCUGAACCCCGCCAGGAGUUCAACGUGAUGGAAGAUCAUGCUCAGGAGGACUACACCCUGCUGCAAGACCACGAGGUUGACGUGGAGCAUGGCCUGAAAGAAUCUCCCCUGCAGACCCCGGCUGAUGAUGGAUCUGAGGAACCAGGCUCUGAAACCUCUGAUGCUAAGAGCACUCCAACGGCGGAAGACGUGACAGCACCCUUAGUGGAUGAGGGAGCCCCCGGUGAGCAGGCGGCCGCUCAGCCCCCCACGGAGAUCCCAGAAGGAACCACAGCUGAAGAAGCAGGCAUUGGAGACACCCCCAACCUGGAAGACCAAGCUGCUGGACAUGUGACCCAAGAGGAGGGGAGAGUCCUGGGCCAGCAGAGGGAAGUGUCUGAGAGGCGCCCUGCUAACGGGCUUAGCUCUCAGGUCCAGCCUUCACACGGCCAAGAAGCUUCUGGGGUCUCCGAGCUGCAUCUGGGGGAGAAACAGCCAGAAGCUCCCGUCCUGGCGAUCUCUCACCUUUCCCAGCAUCAUCCUGUCUGCCAGCCGCCUCUCCCACCAGGAGGCCCUCAGGAGCCCCACCAGGAGUGGGGACCAAAGCGAGGGGAGCAGGCCGAGGAGGGGCUGGCCUCUCCGAAGCCCACCUACACUGGAUGUCUCCAGACGGAGCCUGGGAGUGUCAAGGUUGUCCAGGAAAGCUUCCUCAGGGAACCAGGGCUCCGUGGAGGUGAGGCCACAGACCCCGGGACCCCAGGUCUGACCUGCCAGCACGUGUCUGACAUGCCUGGGGCUCCCAUCCUGCCCGAAGGCCCCAGAGAGGCCACACAUCAGCAGUCGGGGCCAGAACCUGAGGAUGCAGACGGCAGCCGCUGUGGCACUGAGCUGCUGGAGUGCCAGCUUCUGGAAGACCUGACCCAGGAGGGGCCGCCUCUGAAGAGGGAGCAGGGCAAAGAGAGGCUGGGGGUUGAGGAGGUGGAUGAAGACCGGGACAUUGAUGAGUCCUCUCCCCAGGACUCCUUUCCCUCCCAGGUCUCCCCACGUCUGCAGAGCCCCACCACCCGAGGCGGGCCAACCCCCGAGGCAGUUUCUGGAGAAGCCCCUGGGAUCUCUGGUUUCCCAGCCAAGGGUGCCAUCCCCCUCCCUGUCGAUUUCCUCUCUAAAGCUUCUGCAGAGACCCGGGUCUCAGAGCCCGAUGGGCCCGGGGAGGGUCCCCCAGCGGAAGGGCACGACGGGCCCCCCGAGUUCAUGUUCCACGUGGAAAUCAAAGCCAAUGUGCAGAAGGAACAGGGACCUUUGGAGGUGGAUUUGGAAGGGGCUGCACUUCCUGGGGCCUCUGGAGCAGAACAAGAGCCCUGGGGCCCCUCUGAGGGCGAGGACACAAAAAAGACUGACCUUCCAGAACCACCUGAAAAGCAGCCUGCAGCUGGUCUGCCGGGGAAGCCCGUCAGCCGGGUUCCUCUACUCAAAGCUCGCAUGGUCAGUAAAGGCAAAGAUGGGGCUGGACCCGAGGACAAGAAAACCAAGACAUCCACAUCUUCCUCUGCUAAAACCCUGAGCAAUAGGCCUUGCCUUAGCUCCAAACGCCCCACUCCUGGUAGCUCAGACCCUUUGAUCAAACCCUCCAGCCCCGCCGUGUGCCCAGAGCCAUCUUCCUCUCCUAAACACGUCUCUUCUGUCACACCCCGAACUGGCAGUUCUGGAGCAAAGGAGAUGAAAGUCAAGGGGGCGGAUGGUAAACCUGGAACGAAGAUCGCCACACCCCGGGGAGCGGCCCCUCCAGGCCAGAAGGGCCCGGCCAACGCCACCCGAAUUCCAGCGAAAACCACGCCCACCCCGAAGACCUCGCCGGGCACUGCUACCAAGGAAGUGCAGAAAAAACCACCCCCUGGAGGGGCAAAAUCUGAGAGAGGUGAAUCUGGGAAAUCCGGGGACCGCAGUGGCUACAGCAGCCCCGGCUCCCCAGGCACUCCGGGCAGCCGCUCCCGCACCCCUUCCCUGCCGACCCCGCCCACCCGGGAGCCCAAGAAGGUGGCAGUGGUCCGCACUCCACCCAAGUCGCCGUCUGCAGCUAAGAGCCGCCUGCAGACCGCCCCCGGGCCCAUGCCAGACCUGAAGAACGUCAAGUCCAAGAUCGGCUCCACGGAAAACCUGAAGCACCAGCCAGGAGGCGGGAAGGUGCAGAUAAUUAAUAAGAAGCUGGAUCUUAGCAACGUCCAGUCCAAGUGUGGCUCAAAGGACAAUAUCAAACACGUGCCAGGAGGCGGCAGUGUGCAAAUAGUCUACAAACCAGUGGAUCUGAGCAAGGUGACCUCCAAGUGUGGCUCAUUAGGCAACAUCCAUCAUAAGCCAGGAGGUGGACAGGUGGAAGUAAAGUCUGAGAAGCUGGACUUCAAGGAGAGAGUCCAGUCCAAGAUCGGGUCCCUGGAUAACAUCACCCACGUCCCUGGCGGAGGGCAUAAAAAGAUCGAAACCCACAAGCUGACCUUCCGCGAGAACGCCAAAGCCAAGACCGACCACGGGGCGGAGAUUGUGUACAAGUCGCCCGUGGUGUCGGGGGACACGUCCCCACGGCACCUCAGCAACGUCUCCUCCACCGGCAGCAUCGACAUGGUGGACUCACCGCAGCUGGCCACGCUCGCCGACGAGGUGUCCGCCUCCCUGGCCAAGCAGGGUUUGUGAUCAGGCCCCCGGGCGGUCAGUAAUCGUGGAGAGAAGAGAGUGAGAGAGUGUGGAAAAAAAAAGAAUAAUGAUCUGGCCCCUCGCCCUCUGCCCUCCCCCAGCUGCUCCUCACAGAUCGGUCAAUCACGUAACCUGCUUGUCGCUCGCCUCUGGCUCGGGACUUCCAAAUCGGUCACGGGAACGAGAGCCAAGUUCAUCUUUCCAAAUUGACGGGCGGGCCAGUCGUAAUAAAAUAUUUUUAAAAACCUUAAGAAAGAUGGCCCUACCCAGAAUUUCCUUGGGCAGUUACUUUCGAUUCUUUUUUUUUCCCCUCUGAGUGCAAGAGGGAGGAGGAGAGGCUCUGAAAGCUGCUUCUGGGGACUCUCGAGGGCCUGGGCGGGGGGCGCCCCAUUCUGGGGGUGUCACAGAGGCAGCA